AUGGUGAAGCAGUCGGAUGGCGGUGGAGGCCAGAGGAAGCAGCAAGGCGCUGCGGCAUCAUCAUCUGGUGGGGGCAAGUCGUCAGGUGUGGGCAAGACCGACAAGGGGCCCGGGAACCACGAGAGCAUCAUGAAGCCCAGGACCACCGACGGCGUCAGUCAGGAAGACCUCGACAAGUGGGCCAAGGCGGGCCUGUGUCUGCGGUGCGGCAAGGACCACGAGUACUACCGCUGCUGCAAGUGGCGGGCGGAGCUCAUCGCACAGGGCUGGAAGAUCCCAGCCGGGCAACCUGCCGACAAGGGCGGUGGGGGCAGAGGGGUGGGGGCAACAAUCAUGCGGCCAGGCUGGCCCUCUCUGAGGAGCCGGACCCGGCUGCAGCACUCGAGCACUCACUCACACCACUCCAUCCGUCUGGUCCGCCCCCCCGCAUCACCCCAGACGACUCUGCAUUCUUCACCCGGACUGAGCUGACGGUCGGCCCCGACUCAACUUUGACGAGGACCGUCUGCAGCUGCCCGAUGUGUGUGAGGGAAAGAGCGUCGCACUGCUGCUGGACGGGGGCAGUCAGGCCGCCGUCAUGGACGGCGGCGCAUCGCUGCACAUCCAGGGCUCGGAACGGCCCACGCCGGGGCUGAGCAUCAAGACGGCCAAGGAAGGCCAGGACCUCCACAUGGAGUGCAGGGGCGACGCUCUCAUUGUCAUCAAGGACAAGAAUGGCGUCGAGUUGCCGAUGAAGCUGAGUCAUGUGUACGUCGCCCCCGACUGCGCAGCCAUCCUCAUCAGCGAGCGCCAACUGCACACAAGGGGUGGGGGUGUUCACAAGGUCGCUGGAGAGGCCAACUCUACUGGUAUGUGGUGAACAUCGACGGCAUACGACAGACGCGUGUCGUCCCCCUGACGUGUGUGGCGGGCGGCUACCGCCUGAUGAUGCGGCCGUGGACAGAGGCCGAUGACAAGAGGGCUGAGGAGAUGGCGGCGAGCGUCACUGUGGGCGACGCCAUGGUGACGUCAUGAGAUGUGCUGCUGACUGGUGGGGGCCACACACACGAGGAAGUGUGUUCGAGCGACUC